UGUACUCAACGUCGUCUGUUGAAACUUUAUCCAAUUUUUCAGUUUUGAGACUGGUGUAUCAAAAGAGUUUUAGAUUGUUCAAAUUCAUUUGACGUGUUGCUGUCAGUACUUAAAUACGUGAACAACUCGGCUCUCAGCUUACGGCUUCUUCUCGGGAUCGCCAUUGUUUAAAAAGUCAUUUUUAAGAACGAGGAAAGUCUUGAGUCUAGAAAACACGAGGUGACAGCAUGGCCGCUCUUAUUAUCCAUCAGUGUCUGCAAGGUGUUGUUAUAUUCAUCACUCUCUUGUCAAGUACGUCUUGGGCGAAAUCCGAAAACAAUUUACCAGUGUUGUGUCCUUCUGUCGCCAACGGAAUUUUCGGCGAUUUGCUUCACCAUUACGGCUGUUACUUGCCAGGUUUAGAUGUUUUUGAGGACAAAAUGAAACCGAGUAAACCAUCUGUCGUAUCCAGCAGGAUAAAGCCAGCCAUACCUCCAGUACAUGAGCUGCCCAAGUGGUUGGAAGACUUAUCUAGUCAUUUAUUGAAUUCCACUCAUCUUGUCAACAGCUUCAAUCAACAAGAGAAUCUGGAUGAAACCAGCAACACAUCAGAAAAUGAAGGAUGUGGUGGGACCUGCCCGUCUUCGCCUUCGUGGAUCCCUCAGUGUUGUCGUGUUGAAACGCGAUUGCUCUACCCGCUGUACGGCCGUUCGCUCACGAGCGAUCGAUUGGUGCCGAUCGCUCAGGAUUUAAACCCUACUGGGAUCCAACAGCCCGUCGUCUAUCGCCACUGCCUGUCGGAGGAAACGGAAUUGGUGCGCGGUCGCUGCCACCAGAGCACUUUGCCUCGACUCUUUUUCAUUUCCACGACUGGUGGAGGAAAUCCGUACAAGAAGGAUUUGAUCCUCGUUCCCAGCAACUGCGAAUGCCUCGUCACUUUGGGCCAACAUAUCGAGAAUGGCACGGGAGAAUCUGACAGACACGAUACGAUCACGUCGACCACUUUGUUGACUCCGGGUGAAGGCUCAGGGACUGGUGGUGUUAGCAGCCAAGAGCCGGCCAUUCAGGAAGAGGGAUUCAUCCCGCAUCAUCAGGAUUCUUGAUCCUUUAUUUUUCCCCCUCUUAAUUCAAGUCGUGUCGGCGUUCCCUUUUUAUAAACGAACCAUCAUCGCGACACAAGCAAGCGCUGCGACUUCCGUCACUCACGUGUUGUUCAGUUUUCUACCCCCAGCCUUUGUUGUUUGUCCCCCCCCCCUUACCCCUGGCUCUCAAUAGAUCGUUACAUACAACA